UUGUCUCUCCAGUCAAGUGUUGCUGUCUGUCCGCUUCCACAAUGAUCCCACAGCAGCAGCACAUGUCUCCUCUGCUCAGGUCCAGUCUGGAUAAUCCGACCCGCCUGGUCCCCUCCUGUGUGCUGUCUGACCGAACCCUGGCCCAUUCAGAGUUUUUCCCUGGAUCCUGUGUGCUGGCCAGGAGAGAGGUGGAUGGCUUGUAUUAUCAGGGUACUGUCAUACAACAAGUUCAGGGCCGCACAGGAGUCUGGGUAGUCGCAUUUGACUGUCCAGGCACUGCUGGUGUGGGCGUUGUCUCCUCCCAGAGGCAGCUGGUUUGCUCCCUGGACAUGGUGAGCCACCACCUUGGGCAUCAUACACGCUGUCUGGUUCCUGGAGAUGCUGUCCUGUCGCCAUGGGAACCACAUCUGAGGAGCUAUGGGCCGGGGAGAGUGAUGGCCAUCACUGAGCGCAGAGCUAAUGGUGUUGUGUGUCUCCGGGUGCUGAUGUGGAAUCGCUGUGUGUCUCUGGUUCCUGACCGCCUGGUUUUACCCAUUUUGGAAUCUCACUAUGACAGGAUAACCAGAGAGCUCCAAAUCCCAACAUCAGCCCAGAGUCAAUACUGCAGCUGGUUUUCUGCCUGCAGCUCCUCCUGCCCUCCCAGGCUGUUCUGCUUUGACUGCUCAGCAUCUACACCUUGCUGCCGUUCAGUCACCAACCACUGGCCCAGUGUGGUUCCACCCAGAUGUAGGUCGAACCUUGGAGAGAUGGAUGGAUCUGAGAGGGCAGUGCGGGAUAAGCAGACGGACCUCAAAGAUACAGAAAUGGGAAAAGGUGACCCAGAGUUCUGUUCCUCUUCAUCUCUUACUGAUGGCGAGACCAGAGAGAUGUUUCCUCCUGAUGUGAAAGUGAGGAGUAAACAACGUCCUCCCUGGAGGUACUGGAGGAGAAUAGGGCCCGAGCCUCAGCACAGACAGCCAGGGAGCGAGGUGCCCAGGAGGAACUCACAACCUUCAAAGUUCAGCUUCUCUGUCCCGCAGAUCAGCACCCCCUUGCCCAAUCACAGCUCUAUGUUUCAGUCACUUCCUGGUGCUAAAGGAAGAAGAGCUAACAUCAUAGAAAUGUUUGGCAUGAACUUUUAACCUCGUCCACCUGUGGGACUGCAGCCUGAAAAAUGCUGUCAGUGUGCAGAUUAUGAAACUUGACACGUGUCUUACAAAGUCUGUAAAAAAACAAAUCGCUGUUUGAAUAAGAAAACACUUUA